AUGGGCUCCGCUUCUCAAGACACUUAUGUCCUCCCCGAGGCUACGGCUCCCUCGCUAGUACUCGCACAUCCAACCGAUACCGAGAAACACCGAACCUGGACUCUCAACCAUAGAGAAUGGGGUGGUGCUCUAGCUCUCGAGGAGUACCUGAAGCGAGAGCCGUACUUCACUACUAUCCCCUUAACACGCGACGGCGGUAUGACACACUGGAUUCUCACGGACUCGUCUUGGUCGGCAGAUAGAGGGGGAAACCGUCCGGUCCUUGCGUCGUGCGAGUCUAUUAGAAAGCGGGUGUUAGUUGCUUCCCCAAGCGAUAAUACAGUACACGAUGGCGUGGGCCACGGUAUCGGGUCCGUCUUCACGUAUCCCGAAUUCCGCGGGAACCGGUACGCAGCUCGCAUGCUCAACGAGCUGGGCCCCGCGCUGAGGAAGUGGCAAUCCGACGGUCGUGACGCCGUAUGCUCGGCUCUUUGGUCGGAUAUUGGCAAGACGUACUACGCGAAAAAGGGCUGGGCCGCGUUCCCCAGUCUGCACGUCGAAUUCCUAGUAUCCACCAACCACCAGACUGGAGAAAGCGGGGGGGACAAAGUCUCGCCUAUAACAUACGAUAAUCUAGAACCCCUCUGCCAACGAGACGAGCAGCUCUUAAAAGAAAAGCUCCUACAUACAGCGCAAAAAACAAGCCGCACAAGCGUAGCUUUCGCCCCCGACCACGAUACCCUACGGUGGCAUCUCUACAGAGACGACUUCAUCGCCUCCAUCCUCUUCAAAUCAGACCCGUCACAAUCACAAGAACCCUUCUCCAGAGGCGCGCUAGCCGGUCCCCAAGGCCGUCGCGUCUGGGCCCUCUGGUCGCGGAACUACUACGGCGGCGGCAGCGGCAGCGCCCCGGCUGAUAACGUCGAUAAAAACACGCUGUACAUACUGCGGCUGGUCGUCGAGCCGGAAGAGUCCUCAGAAGAAGGAGAAGACGAGAAUCCGAGCGAGGAUAUACACGAGGCGUUUGCGGCUGUGAUACAAGCUGCGCUACGAGAGGCUUCCCGCUGGCAUCUCGGAAAAGUCGAUCUGUGGAACCCGUCGCCGACUGUCAAGAAGUUGAUCGAUAGGAGCGGGUUCCGGCACCGCUGGGUAGAAAGGGAUGAGGAUAGCAUACCGAGCAUGAUGUGGUACGGAGACGAGGACGUUCGCGAUGUCGAGUGGGUUGCCAAUGAGAAGUACUGCUGGUGCUGA